UCGAAGUAAGUUAAUUCGCAGAUGGCGCUAGUUAUUAUUUAUUUUCGGCUCGCAGUUACUAACUUCUAACAAGACAGUUCAGUUUUCAGUUGCCAUUAAUCCAUGGAUCCGACUUGGGAAGAACUAGACGAUAGAGAUGAAAAUAACGAGGAUACCAGUAGUUUCGAGGCCAUUCCCUUCAUGAGAGAAGGAUUAAUUUUUCUUAUUGACGCAUCCGAAGACAUGUUUGAUGAUUCCGAAGAAACUUCUUUUCAUUGUUCCGUAAAGUGUGCUUAUACGACUCUUAAGAAUAAAAUCAUAUCUAGUGAGAAAGAUCUUGUGUCUGUCAUUCUGUUUGGAACGGACAAAUCAAAGAAUUCGUUGGACUUCAAACACAUUUACGUAUUUCAAGAGCUCGAACAACCCGGUGCCGAGAAGGUCAUUCAAAUGAAGAAUCUCUUGAACUGUACUGCCGAAACGUUCAAAGAAGAAUACGGCCAUAGUAAAGACUUCUCAAUAGCGGAAGCCCUGUGGACGUGUUCAACUCUCUUCUCUGCAUGUCAGCAGAGACUUAGCACUCGGAGAAUUCUACUGUUCACCAAUUGCGACAGUCCCCAUGCCGAUAAUCCUACACUGGAGAAACAAGCCAAAACCAAAGCGAAAGAUCUGUUUGAAUUGGGAAUCGAGGUCAAUGUGAUGCACAUGAGAAAAGAAGACAGAAGAUUCGAUAUAAAUAAAUUUUAUAAGGACAUUAUGUAUCUGUCAGACGAAGAGUAUAAUAAACUUCCCGAUCCAGCAGAGAAGUUUGACGAGUUAUUGACGAGGAUACGAACGAAAAAUCACAAGAAGCAUUCACUUGGUCACGUCAACUUCUAUCUCGGAGAUGACGUCAAGAUGGCCGUCAGCAUUUUCAGCCUAGUUCGUUCCAUGAAUAAACCCUACUCCAUCAAACUUUCGAAAGUAAACAAUGCAGAGCUGAAGACCAUGACAAAACAUUAUCGUGGUGAUACGGCAGAAAUAUUGCUUCCGUCAGAUCUCAAAAAGUGCCAAGAAUACGCAGGGAAAAAGAUCUACAUGGAUAUGGACGAAUUAAGACAGAUGAAGUAUUUUGGAGAAUCAGGGCUGACUCUGCUGGGAUUUAAACCAAUAGCAUGCCUGAAGGAGCAUCACCAUCUCCGGCCCACCCAGUUCAUAUAUCCAGACGAAAGCCGAAUUACGGGGAGCAUACGGUUAUUCUAUGCACUACUCCAACAGUGUCAUAAAAAGCAGUACGCUCCGAUCUGCAAGUUUAUAUGUAGAAACAAUGAUACGCCAAAAUUAGUAGCCCUAAUACCGCAGGAGGAAGAGUUGGACGAUCACGGCAUUCAAGAAGUCCCGCACGGUUUCCACGUGGUGUUUCUACCUUUUAUGGAAGACAUGCGCAAACUAAACCUGAGAAACAAGCAAAAACCCAAAGAACAGCUGGUUGACAAAGCAAAGGAAAUAAUAAAGAAGUUACAGUUUAGGUUUCAUCCCGAAUCAUUCGAAAAUCCAGUCCUUCAACAACACUGGAGAAAUAUCGAGGCACUUGCGCUAGAUGAAGAUGCUCCCGACGAGAUAAUUGACUACACAAUGCCGGAUUAUAAAACUAUGGAACAGCGCGCAGGAAAACUGAUGGAAGAAUUCAAAUCCCUGGCAUUUUCAGACAAUUAUGAAAGCAUCGUCACCGGAAAGAAACGAAAUCUAGGAGCCGCAUGUGGAGGAACUUCAAAGAGGUCCAAACUGGACGAUACUAAAGUCACGGUGGAUGUGCAAAAAGAAGCACAGGAAGGAAGGCUGGAUCGCCUGACAGUCAAUGUUCUCAAAGAGUUCUGUAAAAGUCGAGGAAUUAAGUGCGGGUCAAGAAAAGCUGAAAUAAUAGGGGUCAUAAACAAGUACUUCCAUGUCGACUAAGUUUAAAACAGGAAGAAAAGAGCACUCGAGUGC